AUGAGCUCUAUUCGAACCGGAUUGACGCGAGCUCUGCUCGGCGCACUCCUGCUUUGUCAACCUGGACUGGGUAUUCCAGGAGACUCUAAGCAGAUUACAAGAGCAUCUGCUUCCUCGAAUAUGUCCGCUUCGACGGCCAAAACGGCUGCCACUGCUGCGACCACCUGCAACGGCCGCACGGAGUAUUGUACGCGCUCCUAUUCAAAUAUCACUUUCAUGGGAUCGCACGACUCCCCAUUCGUCGGAGAACUCCCCCAGCAGAACCAGAAUAUCAACAUUCAGGCCCAGCUGGAUAUGGGAAUCCGAUUCUUGCAGGCUCAAACGCAUCAUGCUAUCUUAGAUACCAACGUCCUGGAACUAUGUCAUACAUCUUGCUGGCUCGAGGAUGCAGGAACCCUCGAGGCGUUCCUUGUAAAAGUCAAGACCUGGCUGGAUGACAACCCAAACGAAGUGGUUACCAUGCUUCUAACAAACGGGGACUCGGUUGCUAUCACCGAGUUCGGAGACACGUUCGCAAGCAGUGGCAUCGACUCCUAUGCGUUUGUCCCGUCCUCGAGUCCUGAUACACUCGCUAUCAGCAGCUGGCCCACUCUGGGUGAUUUGAUCUCGAGCGGAAAGAGACUUGUAGUCUUCCUGGACUAUGGUGCCGACACCAGUAAAGUUGAUUACAUCCUCGAAGAGUUCGACUAUUAUUUUGAGACGCCUUACGACGUGACCAACUCCUCUUUCCCCGACUGCAGCAUCAAUCGGCCCGCCGGCGCUUCUGCAUCAGGCCGUAUGUACAUUGUCAACCACUUCCUAGACGUAGAUAUUCUGGGGGUUUUGAUCCCGGACCGUGAGCAUGCUGCUAUUACGAACGCUGCCACCGGGGAAGGUAGUCUCGGGGCGCAAGCAGUUGAAUGCGAGGCAUUAUAUGAUCGUGCUCCGAACGCAAUGCUUGCUGAUUUUGUGGACAAGGGUGGUGUUAUUAAUGCACAGAACGCACUGAAUGGGUUUUAG